AGACGAGUUCUGCAUUCGCUCUGUAUCAGAGAGAGAGAUUUCUUGAGGGCACGGUGAUUCCCAGUCUCCACGUUUUCAUUGCUAUUUAAUGCACGCUCUUUCUUCCGACUUUAUCAUUCCGACUCAGACCGUUUUGGAGCUACAACUUCUCAUCAAAUUCUAGUGAACGAUUUGAACAUCCCAGCUCUCAAGCUUCUAUCAGCCGAUUUUUGAGGUACAAUAACUGAAGGAUGGAUUUGAAGGUUCUUGUGAUUGUGGUGGUUGCGGUCAUGUCAUCGACCACCUUCGCUAAGCACCAUGACGAUAGACCACCUCCAGGCUAUGAUAGGAAACUCAUCAACCGACCUCCUCCUCCAAGAAACUUCCUUGAAGGCCGACGAGUAUACAGGAGUUUACCAGAAACCAUUCAUGAGCGCAUGCGCCGAUCGCCACAACACGGCAGCGUGGUGGUGUCGGGAAGCAGAACAGAGGGGCGGGGAGGUGCACCCGCUCAGCAGUCAGUACGCGGCGACUACAACCACAACUUGUGGCGAGGCAAGAAUGGCGCCACCGUCGACGCCAAUGCCUACUAUCAGCGCAACUGGGGCGCCGGGCCCAGGCACGACUACGGUGGCGGCAUUCGCGCAUCCAUCCCAUUUGGUCGCCGAUGAUACACCCACCACUUACAGUUAGGUCAAGUGCGACAAGAGAGCACAGUGAAGUAUCAUGUUCCUUAUGCGUUACUACUAAAUGGACAUUGCAAUAUCCUGGCUAAAUUUUGACAAUAAUUUUCCAUUCUACUAUUGUAUCCACUGUUUCUCACCAAUUCAGGAAGGAGCCAUUCGAGUGCAAUUACCAAAUCAAACAAAUCUCUGUCUAUUUGAAAAUUUCUAUAAGUGUUUGAAUACAUCAUCCAAUAAUUUCUUAAAACUAAUUGAAAACUGGAGAUUUUGAUUGAUUCUGUUUUGAAAUUUUAAGAUUUGUCAAUUUGCAAUAUUCAUCAGAUUGUUCCUACUUCAAUAUUGAGGUUGGAAGCUAGUUCCCUAUAUUGAUGUAGCAAAGUGUUUUCAUGUAGGCCUAAGUGGAUUUGUGUAGUUUAUUCAAUUCAAUACUUUACUUUGAAUCAAGACUGAAUGUGAAAAAAGUUAUCAAAUACAAUUAAUUUAUGAUAUAGUGACUAGUAUAUGAGAAUUUCAACUCUCCUGUAUAAUAUUUUUUAUAGAAUUAUAGUAUUUAUUAAAACUAUUCAAUUUUAAAUCUCUGUGAAAAUUUUCACUAAAAAAUCAAUAAAUCUAGUAUUUUUGAAUCUAA